AUGCUUCAUGUAAUCGUACCGUCAGACGCGCUCUCGUGCCGUCCGUUGCGCAGCCUACGCAGCACACCCGUCGCCGUCGCGGAUCGUAACAACGGACGAGGAUGCGACGUGUCGAACCUUCAUCAGUCCCCCCCUCUCUCAUUCUCCACGUCAGCGUAUUUAACCGCUCUACCUUUCAGUCGUCGGACUUCCCGUCAUGUGCUCCCAGUUCUUUCCUCCUCCAUCGUAGCCGUUCCUCUCCCAGUGUCAGGCUUGUCACCUUUAUCCAUACUUCGAGCUCCCACCGCCUCACUUACUGGUUUGACCACGUCCGUCCGCGGUCUCCUAACCUCGGGAUUCCAUCCCUCGUCGAAAUCCCGCCGAGAUGAGCGGAGGCUGGGGAUCGCGCCAAGGGGGGACGCGUGGCGGGUGCGCGCGCAGGGUAUUGCGGGGGAUGCGGGGACGAAUGUAGCGGCGAUAGUUGAGGUAGAGGCGGAGCCGGAGGGGUGCGAGGGGGUUGGCGGAGCGGAAGGGGAGAAGGCGGAGAAGCUUCAGUAUGUGCCCCUGCACACGCACAGCGACUUUAGCCUUUUGGACGGAGCCAGCCAGCUGAAGGGACUGGUGGCACGCGCCAAGGAGCUCAACAUGCCCGGCAUUGCGCUCACUGACCAUGGCGUGAUGUACGGUGUGCUGCAGCUGGUGCGCAUGUGCGAGGCGGAGGGCUUAAAGCCCGUGAUCGGCAACGAGAUGUACCUCGUGCAUGACCAGGGCGCUCCCGCUGCUCUGCUGCAGGCCGCACGGGCCCUCAGGGAGGAGAAGGAGCUGGGAGAACAGGGGGAGCAGGGGGAGCAGGGGGGUCAAGGGGAGAUGAGGGAGGAGAGGGAGGAGAGCGGGAUGGGGAAUGGGAUGGGAGCGGCGGAGGGGGAGGGGGGUGUGGGAGGUGGAGGUGGAGGACAGGUGGUGUUGGAAAGAGUGGGGGAGGUGGGUGGUGCUGUAAAGGGGAGUGGUAGUGGAGAGGGGGAAGUGGGGCAAGGAGUAGGGGGUGAGGUCGCAGAGGGGCUGGCUGGGGAAGAGCAGGCAGGGGAGGCGGAGGCAGUUGGGGCAGGGAAGGCAGUUAAAGCACCCCCAGUCAAAAGGUACCACCUGACAGUGCUGGCCAAGGACAUGGAGGGGUACCGGAACCUGGUGCAGCUCACGUCCCUCUCGCACCUGCAUGGCAUGGUGGGCAACGGGGCAAGAGGGCGCCCGUGCAUCACAAGGGAGCUGUUGGCGCAUCACAGAAAGGGGCUCGUCGUGCUGAGUGGAUGCAUGUCAGGAGAGGUGCCGCGUGCCAUCAUGGCGGAUCGCAUGGACGAGGCUCGCAGCACAGUUGACUGGUACCAGUCAGUGUUUGGUUCAGACUACUACCUAGAGGUGAUGGACCACGGGCGCAUUGACUUUGUCAGCGGCUACGAUGUCAACGCCAAGAUCAACCGUGCACUGCUGCACCUGUCCCAGCAGACGGGCGUGCCCCUGGUGGCCACCAACGACUCUCACUUCACCCGGGCUGCCGACCACAGGGCGCACCAAACACUCGUCUCUGUCAAGGCAGGGAAGAAUCUUGUCCAAGCAUAUACGGGACAAGAGUACGUGAAGUCGCCAGAGGAAAUGCUGGAGAGUUUGCAGAGGACUCUCCCUGAGGAUCAAGCUUUGGAAGCCCUUCAGAACUCCCUGCGCAUUGCUGAUAAGGUGGUCUCCUACUCCGCCGACCUCUUCUCGUCCAAGCCCAAGCUGCCCACCUUUGACGUGCCUCCUGGCCACACCGACGCUUCGUGGCUUGAGUCUCCUCGCCCCUCCCCGCCCCUCCCCGCCCCUCCCCGCCCCUCCCCGCCCCUCCCCACCCCUCCCCGCCCUUCCCUGCCCUUCCCCGCCCUUCCCCGCCCCUCCCCACCCCUCCUCGCCCGUCCCCACCCCUCCUGCCCCUCACAUCUGGAGCAGAUAGUGGCGGACAUCAUUCAGUUUGCUCGCAGGAACGACAUUCCUGUGGGCCCGGGCAGAGGGUCAGCAGCGGGAUCCCUGGUGGCAUACGCGCUGGAGAUCAUUUCCAUUGAUCCCAUCGAGCAUGGUGCGUGA